GGCUGUCAGAUAUAACCACACCGACCCAAGCAGCUUUCGGCCGACGCAGGAUGCACAGGGAGCUCGCACGACGCAUUUUGGAUUCCAAACCGUGCCAGAAGACAUGAAGGAGUCUCUCGUCAAAAACGUCUUCUCUUCUGUGGCGUCUUCUUACGAUGUCAUGAACGACGCCAUGUCCAUGGGAGUGCACCGUCUCUGGAAAGACGAUUUCGUGGGGUCGCUGAAGCCCGGAGCAAAGGGACCCAUGCGGUGCAUCGACUUGGCCGGCGGAACAGGGGACAUUGCACUACGUAUCCUGGAUUACGCAAGGGAGAAUCAUUAUGACAGAGAGACGAGUGUCGAUGUCGUCGACAUCAACCCUGAGAUGCUUAAGGAAGGCUUCAGGCGGUUCAAGCAGACGAUGUAUCACAACACUCCGCAGGUUCGGUUCAUCGAAUCGAAUGCUCAGGCUCUAUCCAAAGAGCAGUUCCCGGAUAACACGUAUGACCUCUACACAAUCGCGUUUGGUAUCCGAAACUGCACGUCCAUCCCGGACGUGCUGAAAGAGGCGUACCGGGUGCUGAAACCUGGUGGCACUUUUACUUGCCUGGAGUUCAGCAAGGUUGAGAACCCGCUUUUCAGCGCUCUGUACGACCAAUACUCGUUCUCGGUCAUCCCAAUGCUGGGCUCCAUCUUGACCGGUGACCGGGAUUCGUACCAGUACCUGGUGGAGUCAAUACGGAAGUUCCCUAGUCAGCCAGAGUUCGCACAAAUGAUUGCCGACGCGGGUUUUGCAACUGGUGGUAUGCACGAGGGCAAGGGCGGCGCGUGGACUAACUUGUGGAACGGCAUCGCUUGCAUCCAUAAGGGCGUAAAACUAUGAAUUCGACUGCCCUGUCUGUUGUAGUAAAAGGUAUCUGCGGCGCCAUAAUGACAC